CGCUCCUUAGUCUCCCUCUACCUAUUUAAAUAAUAAUUAGGAAAUUGUUUAAAAUUUUUUUUAAAGGGGUGGGGGAGAAAUCGGAGUUCUGAGGAGCAGAGGGACUCGGUGUGGUGUGGUGUAAAGGAAUUCAUUAGCCAUGGAUGUGUUCAUGAAGGGACUUUCAAAGGCCAAGGAGGGAGUUGUGGCUGCUGCUGAAAAAACCAAACAGGGUGUGGCAGAAGCAGCAGGAAAGACCAAAGAGGGCGUUCUCUAUGUAGGCUCCAAAACCAAGGAAGGCGUGGUUCACGGUGUGACAACAGUGGCUGAGAAGACCAAAGAGCAAGUGACGAACGUUGGAGAGGCGGUAGUGACAGGGGUGACAGCAGUAGCGCAGAAGACAGUGGAGGGAGCAGAGAGCAUUGCAGCUGCCACUGGCUUUGGCAAAAAGGACCAUUUGGGCAAGAGUGAAGAAGGAGCCGCACAGGAAGGAAUUCUGGAAGAUAUGCCUGUGGAUCCUGACAAUGAGGCUUAUGAAAUGCCUUCUGAGGAAGGGUAUCAAGACUAUGAACCCGAAGCCUAAGAAAUAUCUUUGCUCCCACUUCCCUGAGAUCUGCUGACAGAUGUUCCAUCCUGUACGAGUGCUCAGUUCCAACAUGCCCAGUCAUGACAUGCUCCCAAAGUUUCUACAGUGUAUUCUGAACUCUUCCAUCAGCAGUGAUUGAAGUGUCUGUACCUGCCCCCACUCAGCAUUUCGGUGCUUCCCUCCCACUGAAGUGAAUAUAUGGUAGCAGGGUCCUUGUGCGCUGUGUGGAUAUUGUGGCUUCAAAUCUAAAAUAUUAAAACAAAUUUAAAACACCUAAGUGACUACCACUUAUUUCUAAAUCUUCACUAUUUUUUUGUUGCUGUUGUUAAGAAAUUGUGAUUUACUCUCAUAUGUGAGAUUUCUAGGUGUCUUUUAAUGAUUCUAAGAAGAAUGAUGUGUUGUGAAAUUUGUUAAUAUAUACAAUGCUUAAACACAUGUGAGCAUGAACUAUGCACCUAUAAAUAUUAACUAGGAAAUUUUACUGUUUUGUGAUGUGUUUUAUUAACUUGUAUUUGUAUAUAAAUGGUGAAAAUUAAAAUGUGAUCUCAUGACAAAAACCCUAUUUUUUAAUCCCAUCUCACUUUAAUAAUAAAAUCAUGUUUAUAAGCAACAUGAAAUGAGAACUGACACAAUUAACUUAAAUAUAAAGUUCUUGACAGCCAUUUGAAAGAGGAGGAAUUUUAGAGGCGUUAAACAUGUGGGAUGGAACAUUAACCCUUUGCUCUGGGAAUUCCCUGAAGCAACAGUGCCCAGAGUAUAUUUUGAGGCACACUGGGGCCUGUAGAGGCUACUGAAAAAGUGGGUGCCAUGGGAUGCUGAGUAUAAGAAAUGAUUUUGACUACAUCUCCUUUACAUAUUCAUAAGACACAUUAGCACAUUAAAGGCUCUGAGGGAACCUGGUUAAAUUUGUUUAACCCAGAAUUCCCAGAAU